AUGUACCGCCUGUUGGCAGAGCUGCCUCGGCUGUUGCUCCUGCUCCUGCUCCUGCUGGUCGCUGCUCAUCCUCUGGCAGCUGAGCCCGCUGGCUAUCACUACGAUCGUCCGUCUGCGGGUCACUAUGCGCCGACGGCGCCUUCGGCCAUUGUAACAGGACAUCACUUCUCGCCUCUGCCCACGGUGCAGCCGCUGCCCCCUGUGCCGGCGCUGCCGCCGCUGCCCCGAACGCGCAUCCAGCAGCCAUCGCUGAGCCUGGCCAGCCGCUAUCUGCCACCAACGCCAACUGCGCCUGUGGUGAGCCGCUAUCAAGCGCCCGCCUAUGCUGCGCCGCUGUCCUCGAUCACCUUCCAUGGCAACGCCCAUGCCAAGGUGCAGGCGCCCAGUGCUCCGGCUGCUGCCCAGCCGCUGCGCAUUCCCUUCGGCAAGACGGCGCUCUUUUCGCCGGGCGAGUCCUACGUGGCCAAUGGACGCCAGCUGAAGCAGUAUGCGGUCAUCGAGAUCAUCGACAACGACAUCAGCGACAGCCCAGCUCCGUUCCUCAACUCCGGCUUCUUGGAUCAAUAUCGUGCGAGUGUGGGUGCCAGUGGCACCAGUGCCACGCCCACGUCUACGGGUGUUGGCUUCCAGCUGGACUCGCGUGCCAAUGCUUUGGUCCUAGAACAGCAGGCCCUAAGCUUGCAGCCGCGUGCAAAUCAAGGCGAUGCCAUCGCUCUCGGCUCGGGCGGAUUGGGCUACAUCCGACUGCCCAACGGCAACGUCUACUUGGGCUCCGGCUCACUUGGCUACAUCAGUGGCCAGCAGCGAGUGGCCUCCGUCCUGGAUGCGCGCACUCGAUCCGAGUCCACAUCGGAUGCUCUACACUUCGGACAUGGACCAUAUGGUGGAGCGGAUAACUUCUUGAGAUUCUAAUGCCUAUUUUAUAAGAAGAGUGGAAGAGAGAAGGAGCAA